CGGCCACAGACAGUCGGUUGGUAUCGGUGGUUUCGGUGGUUCCGUCGCUCUCGGUGGGUCCGGUGGAUCGUCGCGUUCGCAGCGCCAAAGGAGGAGAGAAGAAAGACCGUAGUACCGCACAAUACCGGGGCUCCAGGUCCGAAGAGCCGGAGUUUCGUCGCUAGACAAUCGCGAGAAUCGCUGCAGCUAGAAGGAAAAUAAAUUAUGUGUCGCACCAGAUCGCUGCGUGUCGCGCUCAAUUAAAUACACAUAUUUUUUUCACUUCCCCCUGGUCUUAGUUUAUUUUCUGUUUUUUUUUUUUCCGCCCCCUCCCCCCUUUGCACCGCAUCGCUGUUAUUUAUAUUUAAUUGUUUAAUAACAACAGCAGCAGCAACAGCAAAGUAAAGUGCGAAAAGUGAAGUGGAGUUUGCCGCCGACGACGAGUGAGUGCGAGUGAUCGCGAGUGCGCACAAAAAAAUUGGAGCAGGUUCCAGAGAUCCCGAGAUCCCAUCUAGAGUUCUGGACUUCCAGUGCUUCGAUCUGGGUGGCGUUGGCGUUCCCCUGGUAAAGGAGCACGUACAACUGCCGGUCCCUGCUCGCGGAUCAGGGUCCACCACCUGUCGUUAAUUAAAUGUCAACAAAUCCGCGAGGAGCGGAGCAGGAAGAUCCAGCCGAAGAGUCCGCGGAGCCAAAUGAAUUGGAUUCCAAACUGGAGACGGAGUAUCCAGUAUUUAACCCAAACGAAAUUGUGCAAAAUGUUUGCCCGUCCGUCGGAUAAAUCAUAAGAAGCAAGAAUCAUCAGAACAAGACCGAAGAAUCGACAAGGAGAAGGAGAUAUCUGGAUAAAAAGAAAGAAAUCUCAACGAAAUCAAGGAAAAUGGUUAAUGCGGUGAUGGAUGCCAUAGCGCUGCUCAGCUCGCUGGCCAGCGAUCUGGACAUAAUGCUAAACGAUCUUCGUUCGGCGCCGAGUCAUGCAGCAACGGCAACAGCAACGCCAACAGCAACAACAGCAGCAGCAACAGCAACACACCAGCAGCAACACCAACUGCCACAUCAGCAACAGCAUCUCCAUAAUCAGCAUCAAAUGCAAUCAAGGCAAUUGCAGGCCCAUCAUUGGCAGGGCAUUAGCAACAACAAGCACAACAACAUCAGUAACAACAACAAUAACAAUAAUAUUGUUAAUAACAAUAACAAUAAUCUGCCACACCCACCCUGCCUGAUCGACAUCAAGCUGAAGUCAAGCCGAGCGGCAGCAACCACUGCCACAACAGCCGCCGCCAAUCAGCUGCAACAACAUCAGCAACAGCGACGUCGUGUGGCCCCCAAGCCCUUGCCACGCCCCCCGCGACGCGGCCGCCCUUCGGGGCAGAAGGAGGCGGGGCCGGCGGAGGAGGAGGACGGCGACACGGAUGCCAGCGACCUGGCCAACAUGACGUCACCGCUGAGCGCCACGGCAGCGGCCACUCGGAUCACCGGCCUCUCGCCGGAGGUGAAGAAGGUCCAGCGGCUGCCGCUGUGGAACGCCCGCCACGGCGGAAACGGAAGCACCACCCACACCCACAGCCACGCCCACCCCACGAACGCCUCCGUGCAACGCCGCCUGCCAGUCCAGAGCCACCAGCAGCGAGUUCUGACCCACCGGGUGCACCAUCUUCGAAGUCAGCAUGGUGCAAACUGUGAAAAUGCCAUCGAAGCUACGGAAAAUAGUGCAAGAAGUUGCAUUCUAAACAAUACCAGAACGAAACUCUUUUCAACAGUCAACGAACUUGUGGUCGCCCACAGCAGAGCGAAAGAGACGGUGGCGGCGGUGCGAGAAAGAGACAGAGUCUCUUCUCCCCUCGGAAAAAUUUGCAUAGAGAAACACGACACAGAAAGCAGCAACAUCAGGAUGUCGCACGAAACAGCAGUUCCAGGAGGAGUAGGAGGAGGAGCAGCCGUGUCCUGUGUGGACAACUCGUCGUCGAAGGUGGAGGUCAUCGUGUACACCACCAAGUCGGACAAGACGCUAAAACAGAAUAUGAAUGCCAAGGAUGAUACGCUAAGGAAGCGUACUUCCCUGAUCAUAGUGCCACAGCAGGUGGUCGAUGUGGACGUGGAUUUGGAGACCAAGGUGGACCAGACAAAGGCCAGGGAGAAUGGGAAUGGCAACUCCACGAAUCGCAACUCCACGGCCAGCAUGGAUAGCUGUGUCUCGAACACCACCAGUCAGAGCAACCAGUCGUCGAGCGGAAGCCACAGUGGCUCCUCCUCGACGACCAGCAGUGGCAGUAGCAGUGGCUCCGAGGAUGCCCAUGCCGCCUACCAGGAUCUACAGAACGGCAAUGCUGGCCAGGAUCACCUGGACCAUCAUUCACCAUCGCCGGUGCCCAGGUGCCAUUCAUCCAGCUCGUCAUCCUCCGUCUCGGAGUCCACCUCGUGCUCCAGUUCGGCGGACUACUCGCUGCGGGAGCAGCUCAAGAACUUUGCCAAUAGAAAUGUGGAGGAUCCCAAGAUCCUGAGAUCCUCAGCAGGAUCAGGGGUCACAGAUCCCACGGUUCGCCUGCUCAAGGGCAUGAGUCUGCCGGUCGGCGAUCAGCAGUCGCCGGUGAGCCCUGCCCUCUGCGAUUCCCUGCUCAGUCCCCAGGAGGUUCCCCUGGGCCGCCGCUACGCCGAGGUGUCUCAGUUCAAAGGUCACCCCAAGGCCAGGACAAGUGAGCCACUUCCCGCUGCCGGAGCCACGCCCUCCUCCUUGGAGGCGACCUCUGUGGAUGCCGGCAACAAUAUCAACAACAAUCACAAUGGGCAGCAGUCACAAAAAUCUCAGCAACAGGCGAGUCUCAGCGCCAUCAGCAGCAAGCUGAAUAACCUGGCGCAGUCCAAUCUGAACAACAAUAAUACGAGCAGUCAGCCAGGAUCGAUGACAUCGGCCUCGACUCACAAUCAGAAUCUAAAACAGAACCAAAAUCAAAACCAGAACGCAGACAGCCGCCGGAGUAGCAGCCUGGAUGCGGAUGGGGAUGUGGAUGAUGUCGUGGAUGCGGUCCAUGGCGGCGCCUUCGAGGAUGACAUGCAGGCCCUGUUGCCCAAGUGUUCGCGACGCUCCAGGGAUGAGCUCAGUCAGUCGCGCACAUCCCUGGUGUCCAGUUCGGAGGGCGGCAUCCUGGCCGAGGGCGAGACGUCCAGCGAGGACGACGAGGAGGAGCCCGUGGAGGCGGAGGACGAGGACGAGGGCGAGGAGAGCAGCCGCGACUCCAGCGACAAUUCGCCGCCCUGCGACCUGGGGCUCAUGGAGCGCCUCCUGGUCACCCAUCCGAUGUGGUUCCUGCCCGGCAUCCAGCGAUCCGGGGCCGUGCAUCUGCUCCAGGGCAAGGAGGAGGGGACCUUCAUAGUACGCGGUUCCAGCCAACCGAAUACGAUGGCUGUUUCGGUGAGACUGCCCCAGGACACGGGACCCUAUAUCGAGCACUAUCUCAUCCAGUCGCACGACAAUGUCUUGAGUUUGGAGAGCUCGCGGUUCACGUUCGGUUCGAUACCCUCGCUGAUUGCCCACUAUGCCCAGUGUUGCGAUGAGCUCCCGGUGCAGCUGAUGUUGCCUCGUGUCUUGCGCGAGGCAAACAACCGGAAGAAGCUGAGCUCCCUGGCCCUGCUGGGUCAGGAGUUCUGGAGCUAUGCCAGCAGUCCGGCCCUCUUGGGUCCGCCCACGCCAACGGUGGCCCCAGCGAGGGAACAGCAGCACCUGCUGGACGCCAAAUCACCGCUCUCGCUGACCGAAACCAGUGGCCUUGGAACGGCCACCUUCUUCAGCGAUGCCCUGGCCAAGCCACCGCCCACAGGCGCCCCACCCAUUCCGGGCAGCAGUCUUUUCAGCCCGACGGGAAGUGGCCAAUUGCUUGGCUUCUUCAGCCAGGCGGGAACUCCCUCGGACACCACGAACUCGAGCCUCAGCUCCUUCACCACCAGCGGAGGUCAGCACCUGCAGCUCCUGAGUCCGAAUUCGGUGGAUUCGGUGAUACUAACCAUGUCGCCGGUGGACAAUUCAGGGCAUUAUAUGCCCGGCUCGGCGGCGGCUCCUCUGGCACCCAUGCCCCUGUGCCCUUCACUGGUGGACCAACAGCAGCUGAGCACCUUUAAGGUGGCCCAAACGGCACCGGAAGUGGCGGAUCAAGUGCGUCCACAGCGACCGAAGCCGCCGAACACAUUGAAUCUCAAGCCGCCGGCACCACCACUCCGCUGGUCAAAGCCACAUUCGCCGGAUCAGAAUGGCAGUGGCAAUGGAAACUUUACGGUGACCACCACGGUCACAUUUUCGAUGGAGAAUGGUGGUGCGAGUGGUGCGGCGGCGGCAAAUGGUAAUGGAAAAUUCGUGGAGGUCACCACGCCGGCGUCCAGCAAUCCCUUCAACGCGCUGCUCAACGGGCAGGCCAGCACUUUCCAGACCUUCGCCAAGCGAUUGUCGCCGGAGGGCGAGUGCAAGGACACGCUGUCCUCGCAGGGAUCCUCCUCGAAUGAUGGCCGCUGGCCACCGACGGCCCGGAAGCUCCUCACCACCUCGCCCAUGACACCGCUCACGCCCAGCGGCGGCGGCAGCAGCAGCAGCGGCGGCAAAUCCCGGAAGUCGCGAGCCGGCAAGGAGUCGCAGCACUACAAGGAGUCGGACAUCCUCGAGAGCCCGCCGCUGCAGUACUGCGCCAGUGCGCUGAGCGACAAGAUCAGCGACUACGAGGAUGUCUGGUCGCACGAUCCCAGCGACAGGGCCAGCCUGCUGACCAGUUUCCGCCCGGCACUGGACUCGGUGGGCGGGGUGAUGAACCGGCGACCCGAUCUGCUGGCCGAGACUCCGAGCACUCCCACACCCACACAGCAGACGCACCUGACGCCCUGCGAGGAGGAAACAACAUCCACUGCCACGCCCAACGAAUCCUCGAGCCAAUCCCUGCUGCAGUUCUCCGGCGAUGUUCCAGCCCGCUCUCGAGCAGGACUGCUGCUGCCCAAUCUGGCAGGUCAGGCUCCACCAUCCGCCAUGACUCAAUCUAUGACGGCGGGUGGCGAGGACGACGGCGGCGAUACAACGCCCACGGCAGAGGGCCAAACUCUCGCUGGCAGUCGCAGCAAGCAGGGCAGUCCCUUCUAUGCGGAACCAGCGGAUGCACUGCGUCAGGCAGGCCUGACCAGUGCGGCCACCGCCAUUCUGCGGCGCCAGCAUCGCAGCCAAGGGCUGCUCGCCAGCCAGAGACACUCGGAACCACUGAAAGCGGGCUUCAUAGGAUCGGGCAAUGGGGCCCUGCUGCAGCCCAGCGAGCUGGAGAAGAUGGCCGGCAGCCUGGACGAGCUGAAGCCCAAGCCGAAGGUUUCCCAGCAGCAGCAGCAGCAACAGCAUUCGCAACAGCAACAGCCCACCAAGCGGGCUCGCAAUCUCAUCGAUCACUGGCAAUUGGACAGCAGCUGGGAGUUUAUGGCCAAGCAGGAUCAGGGUAGCCAUGCUGGCGGGGAUUACGAUGCGGCGGCCAUCGAUUGGCAGGAAAAGGAGAACUCGCUGGGCAAGAAGCGAACGCUGACCAUCCACCAGAUCAUGGCCAAUCGAUUGCCCGACCUCAAUCUGUUGGAGCUGGUGCGGUGCUCCACGCCGACGCAAACGGCUGCACUGCAGCCGCAUGUCCAGGGCCAGGAUAAGGUUGGACUCGGCUGCCGGCUCUCCUCCUACGACAAUGUCUUCUGCCAGAACUCUUUCGGCGGCAUCGAUUCGGCCCAGUCGGACGAUGGCACCAUCUUCUCGGAGCCCUGGGACUCGUCCCAGUGGGACUCCUUCCUGCCCCACGAUGACGCCACCAUCAACUCGGACACCAUCCAUCUGUCCAAGUGCCGACCCGCUCUCUCCGAGGACGACACGAUCAUCGAGGAACUACAAAGCACCAAAGACGGCAGCACAGGCAGCUGCAACCAGGACACACUGAAGGCCAAUAGGAAUGGUGCUGGACACCAGAAGCUCAGCAAUGGCGGCAAUGGCAAGGCCAACAGUCGACCCAAAGUGGCCACAAUUCUGCGGAACCCCAGCAUGCGGGAUCGUGAAGUCUUAUGUCACCCCCGCAACAAGAUGAGCAUCCAGAGCAGCGGCCCCGGCGACUCGCUGCGGGCCUACACCCUGCAGCUGGCCCAGGAUCCCAGCUCCACGUUUGCCCGCAACAUCGAGAACUUCAUCUGCUGCACCAAGGAGUCCCGCGAGGCGGCCCCCCAGGUGGUGAUGCGCAACAUGCGCCAGUUCAUGAGCGGCAUGAAGAACUAUCUGGUGAAGCAUGGCGAGGGCAAGUUCCAUGCCGAACUGGAGACGGCCAGGGCGCGCCUGAAGUCCGACGAGUUCCUCAAUCUGGACGCCAUGCUGGAGACUGUGAUGCACCAGCUGGUGGUGCUGCCGCUGCGCGAGCACCUGUACGGCAUCUUUGUGGAUCACUAUCAGCGCAGCGAGGAUAUCCAAUUGCUGGCGCAGAAUGUGCGCUAUGCCUGCGAACGGGAGGCCGCCGACUUUGGGAUCAGGCCAACGGUCACACCGCCAUCGCAGGCCGCCCUGCGGCUGAUUGCCAAUCUGCUGUGGCGCCUGCAGGAGGCCGAGCUGCCGCUGGACAAGCUGGAGCUCUUCCUGUGCGUCAUCUCGACGGUGUUCGAUGCCACUGGGUGUCCGCGUGGCCAGCAGCUGGGCGCCGACGACUUCCUGCCCGUGCUCGUCUAUGUGGUGGCCAAGUGUGGGUUCGUUGGCGCCGAGAUCGAGGCGGAGUUCAUGUGGGGCCUGCUGCAGCCGACACUGCUCAACGGGGAGCCGGGCUACUACCUGACCGCCCUCUGCAGCGCCGUCCAGGUGCUGAAGACCUUCAUGGCCUCCGAGGGGGAGAGCGGCAGCGGAUCCCUGGACUGGCGCUCCAGCUGCCUGCCCGCCUGCUCCAGUGUGCUGCGCGUGAUCAUCCCCGACGAGUGCAACGGAUCCCUGCAGACGCGGACCCUGCCAGUGCGACCGCACACGACCACCCGCGAGGUGUGCCGCAUCAUUGCGCACAAGGCGCGGAUCACGAAUCCGCAGGACUACGCCCUCUUCAAGCUGGUCGACGGCGAGGAGACGCUGCUGACGGACGCCGAGUGCCCGCAGGACGCCCGACUGGCGGCCAAGGGGAAACACUGCAUGCUGGCCUACAAGAGGAUCGAUGCCAAGAUCGCCUGGCCGACCGCCCAGCUGGCCGGGCACUGAUGCAGCUGCCCAGGGGUUAGGCCCCGACCUACACACCUACGACAUACCGCCCCGCCCGCCCUGCCCUUCUUGCUCACUAACCAAGCAUAUUUGAUUAAUAAUUUAUUAUUAUUACAUUAAAAUAUACUUAGUAGCCUGUAAGUAAAGCUAAUUAAUGCUAAUUAGAAAACAUCUAAUGUGUACUAAACAUCAGUAUUGAGUUAAGUGUGUUUUUUUUCCUGACCCCGAUAUGCUCGGGUCAAACCCCCCCUUUUUUUUUGGCUAAUAAAAUGUACUAUGCGAAUAAUA